UUAAAAUAGUUGCAAGGUGCCCAAUAACCAUUCAGCAACGUUAUGCUUUUUAUUUUGAGUAAUUUUUUGCGCGCGUUUCGUGUGAAAAUGUGAAAAACAUUGCCGAUGGUAUUGAGUUUCUCAACAGCAGUGAAAAUAACUGCUGUGUGCAGCAACAGUGACGACAAAUGUGUGUAGAUGUGUGCGUGUGCAUGUAUGCUGAAAGAAAAACAACACAAAUAAGAAAAAAUAAAAUCGAAAAGGAACAGAAACAGAGAAAUUAUAUAUUUAAAUACGGAAAUUAAUGUAAAGUGUAGCGAAUACAAAACAGCAUAACUAAUGUACGGCGUAAAAAUGCUGCAGCUACUGCUGGUACGGCUGAAAAAAUGACCGAUGAGCGCAACGGUAACGGCAAUAAGAGCAAUAUUAACAGCAGCAGCAACAACAAUAGCAGUCCAACAAGCGUUGCCAGCCACAGCAGUAGCAACAGUACAAGCAGCAACAGCAACAGCAACAACGAUCGUUUAAUUGCAGAGGCGGCUGCAAAAUUUUUACUCAAAAAUGGUAUAAACGGCACAAAUACAGCAGCAGCAGCCGCAGCAGCCACACUGCUAACAGCAGCUGCAGCUGCUGUCACAUUUCAACUGCCUGCCGCACCAGAACUGAAGCCAACAACGUCUGCAACAGCAACAAACGCAACAAAUUCAGCUACAUCUUCUUCAACAGCAACAUCAACAUCCAAUGGCACCUCGCCCACAUUAUCAUCAACUAAAACAAACAGCAGUAGCAGCUCAAGUCUCACUAUGGCGACGGCCUCUGCUACCGCUCUCAUUGCCGGUGGAGCAGGCGUUGCAGCUCCAAAGGCGCCUGUCGAUGUUAUGUCCGGCGUGCUGGACUAUAGUGCAUUAAAUAGUCCCAGCGCGACAAAGAGCAGCAAAUUUGUGGGCACAGGCAACGGCAGCAGUAGUUUUGAUAUGGGCAGGCAUCCAAUAUCAAUGCACAGCAAUAACAACAUGUCCGGCUGUGGAGGCCGGCUCCAGUUUUUUAAAGAAGGUAAAUUCAUAUUGGAACUGGCACGUGGCGAUAAAGGCAGCUGGGUAUCAGUACCGCGUAAGCCAUUCCGCACACCAUCGGCAGCGACUUCGGCCACGGUAACGCCCACAUCGGCAGUGACAACAACGUAUCCAAAGAAUGAAAAUUCCACAUCAUUAAGCUUUUCGGAUGACAAUAGCUCCAUUCAGUCAUCACCUUGGCAGCGUGACCAACCCUGGAAGCAAACGCGACCGCGUCGUGGCAUUUCCAAAGAACUGUCGCUCUUCUACCAGCGUCCUAGGCACCAUGUGCUUAGCCAAAGUGCACGACAAGCUGCAAUGCGUAAACGAAGGCGUCCCUACGAGCCAACAAUUUCAACUGAGAAUCAUCAGUCAAUCUUUGAGCGCGUUUCUACGCAGGAAAAUGGCGAUGAAACGCUUAAACCUAUAGAAACUGAAACAAAGACACCCGAAGUGCAGUCGGAUGAGAUUAAAUCGGAGGCAAUCAAGGAGGAGUUGACUGAGAGCAAGAUGGAAUCGAAGGCAAAGCCGUGUUCCAGUGACAACAAAGACUCGAAUGUCUCAACAGCGAAAGCUGAGGCAGCAUUAGAGAAAAUGAACACAAGUGAAGAUGAGGAUGCUAUGUCGGUGACAGUGGACGAUGGGGCGGCUGCAGCCUGUGAUGGUUUGGUGAACGGCAAUGCGAGCGAAGUAAAUGGUGAUCCCAAAGCACACACUAAGUGUGAGACGGCCAGUGAAAAAGACUCAAGAAAAACAGGAGCACCAACAACAAAAUCAACAACGACGAUGACAGACAUAAGACUUAAAAAGCAGAAACCCAGAGCCAAGCUCAAUAGCAUCAUACAGAAAUUAAUUGACGGCGUGCCUGCGCGCCUAGAGCAAUUGUCAAAGACACCAGCGACGGGGGCGGCAACAGCGUCAACUGUGGUUUCAACAGCAGAUCGCAUCAGCAGCAACAGCAGCGGUGGCGGAGCCAUCGGUAGUCUAAGUCACUCUUUGGCGCAUAAGGUUUCGCCGCCAUCGUCGGCAGCGGCUGCCAGCCGUCUAGUCGAAUAUCAUCAUCAUCAACAUGUGUCUCCACGCAAGCGCAUUCUGCGUGAAUUCGAGAAGGUAUCGCUGGAGGAUAACAAUGGCUGCGUCAACAAUGGUAGUGGAGUUGGUGGCGGGAUUAGUGGCGGCGCUGGGGGAAAACGUAGCCGUGCAAAGGGCAGCACGGCAACAAGUGUAGUGGCCCCCAAAUCCAUGCCCAUCAAUUUGGCGCCGCCACAGGCUAAAGUUUUGGCAACGCCAACAACUUCAACGACCUCAGUAGCAGUAGCAGCAGCAGCUGUAGCAACGCAACCGACUCGACUGAAUAGCUCAUAUAGCAUACACUCAUUAUUGGGUGGCAGCGGUAGCAGCUCCUCCAAGAAGAGCCAUGACCAGCCGGCCGCAAUAAUUAGCAACGUGCACAAUCAGCAUCACCAUCAUCACUCAUUGUACGCCAGUUCCGCCAACUACCCACGCUCGACGCUCAAUUCACCCAAGUCACCGGAAAUGGGAGGCAGUAAUGGGGGUAAAUCGCCGUCACAUGCGGCUAGUAAGAAGCAACGUUCACCUCCUUAUGCAGCUGCCGGAUCACCGUUACCUAUCGACUAUGGACGACGCACACCGCCAGAUAGCUAUAAGUUGGCACAAGCGCACGCACAGCAGCUACAGCAUCAUUCCUUCUAUGCUCCAUAUGGUGGCGCUACUGUUUCGCCGCACAUUCCACAGACGGGUGGUGGUUCCGGCUCACGUGAUUUGCUGUCACCGCCUCGGUCUUCCAGCGCCUCGCCACGGGAGCCAGCAGCAGCUGCUGGUGCUGCCACUACACCGCACCGCACAGUGCCCAAAAAGACUGCAUCGAUUCGACGCGAAUUCGCCUCACCUACUGCCAGCAAUAGUAAUAGCAGUAGCGCGGCCAACAGUUGCCCCUCGCCAGGCGAGCGCAGCACUUCGUCCCCGGAAAGGCGGCAUCUUCAAUUGCAACGUGGCUCGCCUAGCGCUGUUGCUGCAGCUUCUGGUUCGCCAUUACACUACUACAUGUAUCCGCCAACGCAGCUGAAUGGCAGUGGCACGGGUAGUCCACAUGGAAUAGCGCCGAAUGCAACGCCCACGACAAGCAGCGCCGCGGUUGCCGCAGCUGCUGCCGCGGCUGCUGCAGCUGCAUACAUUCCAUCGGUAGUCUCGCCCUCUCUCUACCAUCCUUACAUAUCGACGCUUGCCGCGUUGCGUCACAAUCCGCUGUGGGUGCAGCAUUACCAGGCAGGUGCAUCGCCACUAUUGCCGCCACCGCCUCCGCAUCCACAUUCGCAUCCACAGACGAGUAGUGCGGCUGGAGCACGAUUAUCACCACAAUCGCCGUAUCAUCCAUUUAACUAUAAUGGUGUUAAUGCGGCCGCUGUGGCAGUCGCAGCGGCUGCGGCAGCUUCUGCUUUUGGGCAGCCAACAUCGAAUCCGCAUUUGGGACAUCCAACGCAUCCAGGGGCUUUGGGACACCAUAAUACGCCGCCUACACAUUUGGCCGAGCACAGAACGCAUACGCCAAAACUGACUGAUAUCUGUACUGAUCAAAUGUCUGCAGCGUCCAGUCAUCGCACCACUAUCUCCAGUUUACCGGCAGGCUCAAGCGUGCCCGUAACGUCUGCAGGUACAACGCAAGGUGGUGGUGGUGCAGGCAGCGGCAGCACUAUUAACUCAGUACAAUCCGCAAUGUUUCAAAAUAGUAGUCUAAGAAAUGAACUAAGUUCAGACUUACCACUGAAUCUGUCAAAACACUGAGACAUUCGCGUUCACUCCACCAUCCUCCUAGCCCCAUCCAUCCCAGCAGUUUCAGUGUGCGUUUGGGCAAACCCUCGAGUUAAGUACAUUAUUGCACUAGUAGCGCUUAAGACGACAUUCAAACAACACUACACACAUAAAACUUAUGGAUAAGUUCGCUGCUAUUUAUUAGUUGUAACUCAAUUGUUUUGCAUUAAGAUAGCUAGGGUUUAUUUUAAGGCCGAGAGACAAUUUAAACUACAAAGAAGAAAGAACAACUGCGAGUUUUUCUAUACAAAUUUUAAAAUGUUUUCAAAACCGUUCCAAAACCCGUUAGGAAUA